AUGAGUGAAGUCUCAGACACCCCAAAAGUGUCGGAGCUCCAAAUAACAAGUGAACAGAUUCUUGAUGAUGCUUAUAGUCAACGAGCCGGGAAAUUGAAUCGACCUCAACAAACCAUUCAAGAUCUAGAUGAGUUAAGAUCUUAUCAACAAACCAAACGAAGAGAAUAUGAACAACAAUUAAACAAGAAUAGAUUGAACUUCGGCCAGUGGAUGCGAUAUGCCAAAUGGGAAGCUGAAUUUAAUCAUGAUUUUGCUCGAGCCAGAUCUAUCUUUGAAAGAGCUUUACAAGUCAACGUUGAGCAUGUACCCUUUUGGGUUCACUAUAUAAGGUUUGAACUCUCUCAUCGUAACGUUAACCAUGCUCGAAAUAUUCUUGACCGUGCUGUUACUAUAUUACCCCGUGUUGAUAAGAUAUGGUUCAUGUAUGUUCAAGCCGAGGAAAGCUUGAAGAAUUACAUUGGAGUGCGCAAUGUGUUUGAGCGAUGGAUGUCAUGGAAACCAAACCCUACAGCCUGGGAUGCGUAUAUCGCCUUCGAAACUCGAUACGAAGAGUUUGACAAUGCAGAGGCAAUCUUCCAACGAUAUGUCACCAUCUAUCCUGUUUGUUCAACUUGGAUAAGCUGGAUUGAACUUGAGUUAAGUCGAGUUCCUAUAGAUCCUGUCAAGAUUCGGGGCGUUUUUGAAUCUGCGGUUGAUACAAUUGUUUCUGAGAGCAAGAGGAUCAAGAAAGGAGUAGAAGAUGCACAAUUUACAGACUUAAUCGAGAGAUGGGCUCUAUGGGAAUUACAAAUAAAUGAAGUAGAAAGGGCCAAUAGCAUAUUCCAAUUAUUUGUAGGUGAGAAAUCGCUGCUGGUGGUCAAGUUAUCCCAAAAAGUUAAAGAUAGUCUUCAACGACAAUACAUUGAAUUCUGUAAAAUCAAUGGUGUUACAGAUAACAUUGAAGGGGGGAUCACACUUAAGCGGAAAUUAAAAUAUCAACAAGAAAUAGAAGCCGAUAAAGAAGAUUAUGAUGGUUGGUGGGGUCUUUUAAAUAUUAUGGAGAAGGAGAAUAGAAAUGAUGAACUACGUCAAACCUUUGACUUAGCUAUAGCAAAUAUUCCCAGUGAUUCUACCAAAAGUCUUAGAUGGAGACGAUACAUGAUGAUAUACGUGAGAUAUGCACUUUGGGAGGAACUUACCCAGAAUCAACCAGAACUGGCAAAGACUAUAAUGGAGAAAGCCAUUUCAGUUGUCCCUCAUUCAAAAUUCACAUUUGGGAAGUGUUGGAUAAAUUUAGCUGAUUACUUUAUUCGUCAUAGUGAUAAAGCUAACGUUCUAGGUGACGUUCGUAAGCUUUUAGGACGGGCUUUGGGGACCACAUGCAAGGCAGGACCUAAACGGAAUUUAUUCCGCUACUAUAUUAACUUUGAACAACGACUAGGUGAACUUGAUCGUGUGAGGAAGUUAUAUGAAAAGUGGUUAGAAACGUCAUUAGCUUCAGAUUUGACUUAUUUCUCCAGUGUUGAAGUUCUAUUGGAGUAUAUCAACUUUGAGAAGAGUUUACAAGAGCAUGAAAGAUGCGAAGCUUUAUUUGAAUUGGGUUUACAAAUAUUACAGGAUAAAACGUUAGAAAGAAGACUAUCUCCAGAAGAAGCCGUUUGGAUGUCGUUCAUUUCUUACUAUAAAGACGAUACUAUGGAAUAUGAAAAGGCCCGACAAUUGUACCGCCGAUUGCUUGAUUCAAAUGGAGGGAAACCUCAGACUUGGAUCUCAUUUGCACAUUUCGAAUCCGCUAUCUUGGACGACAAACAACUCGAACAGUUUUUACAAUUGGAAACGGAAACCGAAUUUGAGUUUGUUGUUACUCAGGAACAUAUUGAAGCAUCACGUAACGUAUUCAUGGAAGCCAACACAAAGCUUCGCGAUCACGGUUCGAACCAGGACAGGUAUGUUCUCCUUGAAGCAUGGAAAUCUUACGAACUUGAGUACGGUGACUCUGAGUCAUUGGCUAAAGUGGAGAAGAUGUUACCUACGAUAGUUAAGAAACGGAAGCUUGUGGGAGAAGUUACCGAGGAAUACAUUGAUUACGUAUUUCCAGAAAAGACCGAGGCUAAGCCAAACCUUUCAAUGUUUUUGGCCAAUGCAAAGAAAUGGGCUCUUUCCCAAAAGUAG